AUGUCAAAUAUUGAUUAUCAAAAGGUUUUAAAUCAUAAAUUUGCACCGAUUGAAUUUGAACUUACAGAGAAAGAUGUAGCUUUAUAUUCAUUGGGUAUUGGUGCAGGUACAAAGAAUUUAAAGUUUGUCUAUGAGAAUGCAGAGGGAUUCACACCAAUCCCAUCGAUCGGUGUCAUCUUCCCAUUCAAAGUAUUGCUUGAAGUCAUCAAUGGAAUCAGUGGAUUAUCCGAUUUCAACCCAAUGAUGUUGCUUCAUGGUGAACAAUACCUCGAAGUCAGAGGUAAGAUUCCAACCAAAGGUUCAUUGGUUACCUAUUCCAAAGUAAAUAAUUUAUAUGAUAAGGGUAAGGGUGUAUUAUUAGUAAUCGAUACAAUCACAAAAGAAAGAGAUAGUGGUAGAGAGAUUGUUUUCAAUCAAUUCUCAUUGUUUAUUCGUGGAAUCGGUGGAUUCGGUGGUGAGAGAGGACCAUCCGAUAAGCCAAUUGCCAUUCCAAGCAGAAAACCAGAUGCUGUACACACUCAAAAGACAACAACUGACCAGGCUUUGAUCUACAGACUUGCCGGUGGUGAUCUCAACCCACUCCAUGCCGAUCCAGAGAUGAGUAAGCUUGGUGGUUUCGAAGUACCAAUUCUUCAUGGUCUUUGCUCAUUCGGUGUUGCUACCAGAGCUAUUUUAGAGCAUUUCUGUGAUAAUGAUCCAGAAAGAUUUAAGAGUAUCCGUGUUAGAUUCUCAAAGCAUGUAUUCCCAGGAGAAACUAUUCAAACUGAAAUGUGGAAAUUAAAUGAUACUCAAGUUGUUUUCCAAUCAAAGGUUUUGGAAAGAGAUGGAUACACUUUAUCCAAUGCCAUUGCCGAAAUCAAACCAGCCGCUUCAUCAAAACUUUAA